UCUGGCAAUGUUGUACAUGACUAAAGUUACCGAAUAACGAAUAACGGCAAUAAUGAGCUCGAUGUGAAUACCACUAUUAUUUUUAUAGGCAUGUCCGGUAACUAAGUUGUUCACCGAUUGUGACUGUAAUAAUUUACAGUUUUGUUUUAAUACAGUUCAGUUGGCUUUCGCUGAAACAUUUUCUGUAGUCUCAUUUUCAUAAAUUAGAAAAUAAAUAUCAUGCAUUUUGCGAUCUGAUUUCGCACCCGUCAUUUAUAAAAUUAAUAGCUAUUGAAUAACAUGUUCUAUCCAAACAAUCUCGCAAUAAUUAUACUUUCACUCCGCAGCGCGCUCUCAGUCUUACCCUGUAUUCGUUGUUGCCAAACCGAAAAUGCCUGUUUAGUAUAUUUUUAUAAUACACAACACAUACAAACAACACAUACACAAACUAGAAUCAUUAAUUUUGCUAUUUAGCUUUUCCCACCUCCCUCCGCCCAGUCCUGAACUGAAAGUAUGUGUGGGAAACUAGCGCUCAAAAAACAUUCAAAUUUCACUCGCACUUCUAUUUCCGUGGCCAGACCACUCGCAGCGGCAGCGUACUCACAAAAUCUGCCGCUCAUUUGGCGCACCAAGCAAACCAACUAGGUAACCAACAACUGUUGUAGCUACAAACAAAAAGUCAACAAAAAAGAAAACAAAAGAAAAAAAAUAGCAAUAAAUGUUAUUAAUGUCGAGAGCGCGACCAAAACAUUGCCCGCAUUGUACAAUUCAGUUCAAUACAGCGACUCUCCGUGACGUGCGAGCGAGCGGGUGAGCUAACGAUUGCGCGCCGUCCGCGCACAAGAGCAAACGAAGCGCGAAAUUUUUCAGAACUUUUCCCUUUAACUACUCAAAAUUUUCUCGGUGGUUUUCGAAAACAAAUCGAGUGAAACAUUUUUCUUAUUACGCGUAUGCAAGCACUUACACAUGUGCAUAUGUGAAUUUCGAAAAAGUCAGCUACGACCGAUGUUGCUAUUGCUGUUAUGAAAUCGACUGAGUGCGUGUGUAUGAGUGCCAAAUACUUAGAAACAAAAAAACAACGGCAACAGUUUUCUAAAAGCAUAUCCAAAAUUUGGUUUCCCGAAGCCUAAAAGGCAACAAUAUUGUAUGCAUACAUAGCAUAUGUGCGACAUUUAGGGAAGUGCGCGUGCCCAACAAUGUCUGGCGGUCCGUCCGCCAGCAGCAUGAUUAUCCGUUGUAUGCUCACCGCUCGCCGGUCGGUGGUACUUUGUUGAACGCUUAGAGGCGAUCGCUCAGUAUUUUCACAGACCUACAGUCGAAUAGAAUGCGUCAACGAUUUUCGACAACCGACACGAACAAGAAGCAGCAGCGUAAAAAGCAGCAACUGCAAACGAAUUUGCGGAAAUUUUGAAAUACGCAAUACGAAUUUCAAUUGAUUGAGCACACUUUUUCAUACGCAGCAAAUUUCAUUAAAAUAAUUAUUUUUUUCCUGGGCACCCGACCUUAGUCACCACAAAAUUACGCUGAAAAAUCACCGCAACGCAACCAAAACGAGAACGUGCGCGGUUGACCCAAUUGUCAUAGUGGUAGUGGUACUGAGACAUUUGUACACAAGGCGCACAUUUUGAGCACGGGCCAAAGAAUUAGUCAAUCAAUAGUGAUCGGCAAUCGAUCGCGUUGAGUAAGAAACAAGUGCAAUAAAUAUUUAUUUGUGAUAUAAUGCCAAAUUAUCGCCAGAAAAACAAGAAAAACAAGAAUAAAAAUCGUCAGAAGAACCAACAACAAAACCAAACCCAACAACAAGAUAAAAGUAAAAACCAAAAUCAACAAGAAAAUCAACAAAACACUCAAAGCCGUCAGGAAACCGGCAAAAAAGACAAUCAAAGUCAGAGUCGAAGUCAACGAGAGCAAUCUAAUCAGCCGCAACCACCGAAACCACUAAAAUCCCCAGCACCUACUGCCAACCUUUCACCUCCGCUUGUCACAGAAGGCGAAGCAAACUCUACACAACUGCACGCGAGCUCACAAGAUGCGCGGAAAGUAGACUCAACCGCUCCUACUGUUGCGUUCGUCCAGUGUGACAAUUUCAAUUCGAACGAUUCCGAUGCUGCUACUGCACCCACUACCAGCCACCAAGCGAUCAGAGCCGCAGUUGACCGCGAAGAGUGCAACCGAGUGGAAGAUGCAGAUGCCGAUGUAUAUUUUUCGAAAUUAGAUAAUACGGAAGCGGCACACAGCGAAACAGUGACAAGUGCGGGUGGAGUGAGCGGUGUGAUAGACUCUGCGAUGGGUAAUAAAGAGUCAAAACCAUCCAUCAAAGGCACAAAGAUGGCAACAACGGCAGAAAUGGUAGCAGCAUCGUCUGAUUUGCGCGGCAUGACCAGACCAGAUCGCAGCAUACUCGGUGCCAGAGAGUUGGACACGUUGCAACCAAUGUCCAAAACGCAAAUGGCUAAAGUGAUUGUGCACCGAAUAGCACGAGAGGCCAGUGAAGAGGAAGACAAGCAGAAGAAAAAUGGAGACAUUGACAAGGUCGAACAAGUGGCGAACACUGGCGACAAGUUGCACAGGAUGGUCACUGAGGUGCCGGACGGGUAUAACGUAGAUGUGAUACAUGAACAACAAAAGCAAUCAACAAACAUACAGACGGCUGUGAAUGGCAGGCAACUUGCCCAACAACCAGCGGACGGUGCCGAUUUAGCACGGCAAUCACAGCAAUCAAAAGUGAUCAUACAUAAGAUCGAAAAGGAAGAGGGGGAAGAGUUGGCGGAAAAGCAAUUGAAAGCACAGCCGAAAGUCAUCGUACAGAAUGAGGGAAGGAGCAAAGUGGAUGCUAAGAAAUCACAGUCCAGUGAAGGUGCUAAAGUCAUCGUGCAUAAGAUAGAGCGGGAGAUGGGAAAUCGGGAAGCGACCGCCAGUGUCGUCGUACAACAAGCUAUUCCUGAUCAAAAACCAGCUAUAACCGAAGCGAUCGCCGAAAGUACCAGCACGACAGGUAUGUGUAAUCAGCUAAACGAUGAAGGUAAAGUCAUUAUACACCACAUCCAACAAUACACCGAUUCAACAUCGCCUCUCAACUAUCAAGUCGAACUGCCUGAUGCUGAUAGCCCCACAUCACAACUGGGUAGGUCCAAACAAUCGAUACUCAAUAAACAUGUCGUACAAAUACAAGAGCUCAGCGAUGAAAGCUCCAGCGAGUACAAUGACAACCCUCCAUUAAUUAGCGAAGCCGAGUCGGAGACGGAAUCAGCAGCUGGCGCAUGCGCACUGGACUAUGCGCAGAGCAUACGCACAUUAUCACCCGAUUCCGAUGACAACUACGAGGUUGCAUGUAAGCUGCCCGCCACCCCAAGUCAGGAACAGCAGGAUUUAAAGCAGCGUCGCGCACAAAAACGUGUCGCACUAGAAACACAUUUUCUGCCCCAGCUGCUAAGUCCGCGCUAUUUGGACAGUAUUAUUGAGGAGAAUAGCGAUAUGAGUGACACACGUAGUGAUUGUUCUGAAAAUCCGCUGAUGACAACACUCUCUGGUGACGAUUUGCAUGACCCAUCAGUGGCAAAAGUGCGUAAAGCCAACGAGAUAUUUCCGCGCAGCAAUCUGGACUUUUCCCGGCGUCAUGCGAAAAAGCAGCUUGGCGCGUUGCCAAAAAAACCCUCACCGAUACGCGAAGAGCCAGUAGCCAUGGUAGUGGCGGCUAAGAUAAUCGACGCUACAACACCAGCACAAGAAAGUUGUAUACGUUUGUCUAGUGAGCACACACCCGAAUCGGAAGCAGCUGAAGUAAUAUAUUUGAGUAGCUCGGCAUCGAGUAGUCUAUCCGAUUUAGUCGAGCUCGAUGCGGAGGCAGAGGGCGAUGAUGAGCGGGAAGACAGCUGUCGUUCAAUGAUCGACCUCGACACGGACGUGCGAGAAAUCAUAACAAAACCGGUCAGCGAGGAGCAAGUAGCCAUCACACACAUACUAAGUGAUAGCCGCGAGAGUACACCUGUUAAUCAGGCAUCAACAAAGCUGUCAGAAAAUAAUGAAACGCAAAAAAGUAUUGCAAUUAACAAUAGAAGUGUAGAGCAAAUAACGGCAGCCACUAUUGGCACAAAUAUUGACACUAACACAGCGAACACCGCGAUCAUUAAUCCCAUCGAAAGUAGAAUAUUUGAGAAUUUGAAAAGCUUGCAAUUGUUAGCAGAGCCAAGUGGUGAGCACACACUCUCCUCCGGUGGUGGCGCAACAACAAUAGCAUAUAACCGCGCGGCAACCACUACUAGCGAGUCGGAGACGGAGACCGAGAUGAGCUCAGAGACAAUAACGGAGAGGUGUGAAUAUUUGCGCAGUUCGGAUACUGGCGGUAGCAGCAGCAGCCUGAAUAGCAGCAUCGAAGUGAAAUAUCCGCCAGCCACAACUGCGACUAGUGAUAGUUUAAACGUUGACCCAGCAGUGCUGCUUAAAAAUAUUGAAUUGGAAAUGAAUAGCGUGCGCGAUAUUCUAAACUCACAUACGGUAGAACCGAAUACAAUAACAACGUCGUGCGGGAAUGCCGUCGAUACGCGUUCGAGUGAAUUAAAUUUUGAUCAUAUUAAUAGUGCACAGAAAGCUUCGCCCUCGCCUCCGCCCAUACCACCACCACCCACCAGUGCUAGUGCUAGUGAUUUUCAUAGUGAUUUUACAGGUUCUCAAAUACAGCCACAGCCACUGUCGACAGCUCCACCACCCAUACCCACACGCGCCAUACAUGAAUCCACCUAUGUUCAAACACACACAACAGAACAAAAGAGCCCACAACCAACAAACUCACUUUGCUCCACUAAUCCCGCUUUGACCUCAUUGUCCUUGCUCGCUCGCCAGGAAUCCGCCGAGUCCCAUUGCUCCGACAGUACCCAACACAGUCAAUGCACGGCCAUCAAUGUUGGCUCACACCCACAUACCGAUAAUGAGCUGACGCCACCACUGACUGCAACCUCCCCCAUUUCAGAUGAACAGCAGCAACGUCAGUACAAUGACUGGAAGAACACAGAUGGAGAAGACAAUGCAUCUCAGCUUACCACUAAUAGCGAUUUGAAGCAGUCGAGUGACAAAAAGGAUGCAUCCAUUAAAAAACUACGUCUACUAUGCACCGAAACAUUGGCAUCCAUGCCGUUUGGCGAAGAAGUGCUUGUAGAGCUGGCCACAGUAGCGCAGAAUAUAGGUGAGUUACAAGGAAAACCGCCAACGCAAACACAAGAGCAGAAUUUGGUAGCGCAACAAAAGACAGACGGCACUAUGCCAUACCCGCUGCCCCAGUUGCCGCACAUAAGCGAACUGCAAUUGUCGAUCACGGACGAGCAACCGCAUACAAGUGCGCCAUCAUCGACAUUGCAGCACACAACGCCGAGCAGUGCCACCUCCACAACUACUACCCACACAGUGGUCAUUAAACAGCUCGGCGGUCCGGAAGCCAAAGAGCGUGAUCUCACCACUGCGAAAAUAAGGCAUUCACCAUCACCUCCACCAGUGCCGGCACCUCCCUCGCACUAUAUCGAUGCGCCAUGGCUAGGCAUGCCAACGUCAGCCGAUCCAAAUGUGCUGGUUUGUCUAUCGCCCGCGCAACAACAGCAGUUAACAUCUCCUUCCUCACAGCAGCCACCAGUUGGUGUCCAGAAGCAGACCGAUCAACUUUUGGAUGCGCAUCGGAAAUUUCUGGAACGACGUGGCUAUCAUGAAUUCACCGAAGAACAGGUGAAAAAAAUCAAUACUGAACUGCAGCAAGAGGAGCAGCAGAUAUUGAAAACGGCAGCGUACAUGAAGAAAUUACGUAAAAGCCUCACGCCACCACCGCCACCAGUGCCACCACCGCCAGUGCCAUCGAAGAGCUCCGAAACGGCGGCGAAAGCACAAAGUCAAGUAAGAACAACAUCGACUACCUCGUCGAUCGGGUCGAGUAUAACUAGCAGCCAGCGCGUUUAUGACGCAACAAGUUAUAGAAAUGCUAAUGAGCAAACAACAGCCACUUUCGCAAAUGGAGAAGAGCAACAUCAGCAGAACCAAACGAACCAGUCACAACCACAGCGCUUGCUAUUGCUAAGACAGAACAAUGGCGAGGCAGCUGAUGCUGAUGCUGCUGUUGUUUCCGUCGCUGGCUCAUCAUCGAAACAACAGGCAUCAUCGCUUGAAAAUAACUCAAGGCAAUCGAGUGCCGCUGCUGCUGCACAGGGUGGCGCACCAGCAGCUGAAAGAAAGCAGCCAGCCACCAGCGUCGAUUCUCGCCAGUAUUCAAACGCAAACGCGUCCGAACCAACCAACAUUAGAGCGUUCGAUUCGCACGGUGGUAAUAAUUACGCAAAUAGCAGCUUUCCAUCAGCCUCAGGCAAAAUGCAAAGUGUCGAGAGUGAAUUGGCGAAAAUGUUUCCAUCCAUGGGUUCAAGCAAUAUUUUCGAUAGCAAUCGUAAGCGCUUCUCUAAUAUAGAAUCAUCUACAUCAUCGCCUGGUGACACCUACUGCGUCCAACUGCAGAGUACGCUGCCUAAGCGGUACUCCAAUAUCGAGACGCGCUCAUAUGAAGCUAAGAAACGCAUAGAGAAUGGACAAGUCGUCUAUGACUACAGCAAUUCCCAGCACGAGCGGCAGUCGGAUGGCGAUAAGUCCUUGGAUAGCGCAUCCACACCCUCUUUGCUGCAUUUCCCCGUAAAGGAACCAUCCGAAGAAACUUUACAAUAUCCCUUUGCUGGCGAUGGCACGUCAAGCAGAAGCGGAAAUAGUGAAAUUAUGUCAGCAAUAAAAUUAAAUACAACAGAGAAUGCAAAAACAACAACUCAAGAAACCAAGUCAGAAACAAACGAAAAAGCAAACGAAAUAAACAUGACAAAUUUCGCCUACCCUGGCGCCACCACAUCCACAACCAACACUUCUUUUGCGAGCUCAUCCCACUUCGCCGAUCAUUCGGUUGGCGGAGCAGCGGAUGCCACAAAAAGAGAAGAUCAUAUUAAAAAUAGCCAAGCGAAUGGUGGCAGUGUGGGUCCAUCCUCAAGUGGUGGUGACGGCAGCGGCAACGCUUAUGAAGAAUUUAGGCAACGUGCCAAAGCAACAGCGGGCGCAUUUGGUGCUUUUAGUGAGACGCCAGCCACCGCACCACCGCUCGGCGAAAGCAAUAAGCAUUCCGCUUUCAAUUUCCAACAUGACAAACUGUUCAAGGACUUUGAUGCUCUGUCGCAACAAUUAAAUAUGGAGCUCGAAGAGGGUAAGGCGCACCGCCAGCAGCGCGAAAAAUCUGCAUCACUUUACGAUCUCAGUCGUACACAGUGGAAUUUCAAGGACCAUUUCGAUCAGCUGAAGAAGCAACGCCACGAACACAUGCAAGAGCUGGAACGCGAAAUUGAGCGUUCUGCGCGCUCUCGUCAAUUGAAGGGCUACGCAAAUGGUGGCAACAAAGGCGCAAAUAAUCCGCCUGCUACCGGACGCACAUAUGAUAUACCCAUAUAUAUUGAACAGCGCAAUGGCAAUAAUAGCGUGCACUUCAAUGGUUAUGCGCAAGCUACCUCCGAUAGAAGCUCAAUGCCCAGGGAACAAACACAACAACGUUCAUACCACAUACCCAUUGUAAUGGAGAAUGGCGCUGCACCUAAGGUGCCACCAUCGCCAACACAAUAUGACACAGUAGAUGAUGCAUCUCGCUUCCGACGUGCUGAAUCUAUGUUCAAUCUCUCAGAGAACACGCAGCGUACACAGCCGCAACCACAACAACCGCUUAACAACUACGACCGCCCGCAAUCUGCUGCCGCAGAUGAUUGGGCACGCUAUGCCAGCGACUUUGGCUCAUCCGAAAAUAUCACGCGUCCUUUCGCGCGUGAGGUGGAGAUUUGCUAUCAGCGUCAACGGCCACGUACUAUACGCGCGCCACGGCUUUCCGCUUCCACCAACGAUCUCUCGUCCAACUCGCAGUACUUCGACAACUAUAAUGCUUACAAUGUGCGCCGCUCGCAUGCGCCGAUGUUGCAACCUGUGGCACAACAGCAACGUCCACACCACGCUAGUUGCUAUUCAGUGCUCGAGCGGGAUCCUAAUCCUACAUACAUAAGCACCACAACGCGACGUGGCGUCUCACCAGCACCAGUAUCGCCUGCCGUGCAAUCAACUGCGCAAGAGCCGCCCUACAGUCCGCAUGCGCCAGAGCGACAGCGACGUGCGUCCUUGCCACGCGAAAUACAGGAACAACAGCUCAAAUAUAUCAGUAGCAAAGAAGAAGAGUUGCGCAUGGAAUUUGAUCGCCUACAGCAUGAACGACGCCGACUCAUGGAAGAGUUGAAUAAUCCGCCAGCUACACUGCAAAUGCCACAGCAUCCUAUGCGUGACAUAUACCGGCCAGCGCCAAAGUUGCCCACACUCACUGAGGAUGAAGUGUUCCGUCAACAGAUGGCCGAAGAGUGGCUGAGUAAGGUGGCUGAGCGCGAGGAACGGCGUUUACAGAAGAUAAUCAAGAUUUCUAAGGUGAACGAGACACAGCAGGGACACCAACCGCAUGAACCGCCACAUCCCAAGACCGACAUCAGCGAUGAGUUUCUCAAGCGUGUGCAAGAACGACGCACCAAGUUGGCUAUGCCGCCCGAUAGCGAUUGGGAGAGCGGAGCCGAGUCGCAGCCAGUUGCGCCAGGACAUGCGAGCGAAAGUGAUGCAGAAGUGCCGCCAGUAAAAGUGAUUGAAGGCAAGUCCGAGACAGAUUUGCGGCAGUUACCGCGUCAUCUACGCGAAUUCGCGCGCUUUUCUAAUCACAAUGAAGAGAAAAUCGACGGUGGCCAUAGGGUGGUGCAUCAGGAGGAGGAGCGUAGGCAAGAGGCGAAUGCGAAUUCGAUGAGUAGUGCAUUGAAGAAAUCAUCCGUGGUGAAAACUGUGAAGAUAGCAAGACAACCGGAAAUCAUGGGUCAGCCUAGUCAAAGGUUGCCAGCUAGUGUGCAACAGCAACAACAACAACAACAACAACAACAGCAACAACAACAACAAGGGCACAGCCGUACGACUAGCGGCGGCGAACAGGCAAUCACACGGCGCAGUCAUACGAGUAUUUCCACUUCAACGUCAACUAAUCGCAGUAGUUACGAGACGCGCGCCAAACUGCAGCACAGAAGCACCACCGGUGAUGAUGGUGUUGUUGGCGUAGGUGGAUACGGUGGAAGUGUCGAUGGUCAGCAGUGUGCAGCAUCGACAGCCAAAAUAAAUGCUGAUCAUCACCAACACUCACACUCCCAACACCAUCACAAUCAACAUAAUCACCAUCAUCAUCAUCAUCACCACCACCACCCGUACAGCCACGAGCACACCCACCAAGCGAGCAAUAGUUACAGCAACAGCCGGCCACCAGCGCCGCAUAUGCGCACCUGCAAGAAAACACGCUUCCUGCUGGAGCCGAAUCGGCGCAGUUGGUCCGAGAGUGAUCUGCUCAAGGAAAUCGACAGCGAAUUGAAGUUGGCGAAAGGCUUCCUCUAUGCAAAUGAGCAGACACCAUCGAGCAGCAUGUUCACACCGAAAUUCAAAGCGACCGCGCCAACUGGCUCAGGCACCUGGACACCCGGUACCCAAACACCCAACAACACAUCGUUCAACAACCUGAACGACAUACAUCCGAAGGUCAGCACGCCCACACCACCCCCACCGCCAGCACCACAACAAUCUGCACAGCCACCCGUUUGGACGCCUCAGCCAUCACCGAGCAGCGGUCGCAAAGAAUUUCGGCCAGUGCGUUUCGAAUCGCCAACACUGCCACGCCGUUACGUCCUGCCACAGACCAACGAAGGAGCACCACAAGUGCCACCUCCCUGGUGCCAGAGUACCGGUGGAACGACCACCGAUGCGGACAGCUCCUACGCAGCACCCUCUCCACGCUCUGCCUACAGCUAUACGAAUUUAAGUACACCAACGACCACAAUCGGCUCGACAGGCAGCACCAACUAUUGUGACUCCAUACCGUCCGAGUCGUCAUUGCUAAAUCACGUGGGCACAGGACCAAGUCAGAGUGUUGCGGAUAAAAUCAAAACAUUCGAAAGAUCUGCUUCCACAUCGGCAUUAUACUCGCCAGCAGCGCGACGCCGACACGAUACUGGUCAACCAUUUUAUAAGCCUAACGAAGUCAUUUUUAAAGUUAAACAUGAGUACAUGAGUGAACCGGAAACGGAGCACGAUCGUCCCAGAAAAAUGGCACAAUUGGGUCGACGCCAAGUCGACGGCAUCGGACCGGUUACCAACGAUGGAAUGCCCAUAAUAUUGAGAUCGGAGGUGAAGGAACCACAUCAGCAUGAAUGGUAUAAACGGCUGUACCAGACGAUACACAAGCAGAAGAGCGGUGAUGAUUACGUGAUUCGCUACAAAUGCCAAAGAGCUCGCCCACAAUUGAAAUCGACUGGAUAUCAAUCAGAGCCCGAGCCCAAUCACGAUUCCGACUACUCCACAGUAAAAUAUCGAACAUUAGAUCGACGACGUUUGCAGUCGGUCUCAUCGGCCACGAACGUUGCGAAUCGCACUACGAAUUCGUAUCAGGACGAUAAAGUAUAUGGUACUAUGCCAAAUCCGAUCAAAUCGGCACCAAGUACGUACAAAAACCAACCUGGUCGCAUAGAAGACUACGUAACAGGACGCUCGUCCGUCUCUGAGAAGGAACGCAAAGAGUGGUGGGACGAAGUGAUGGACAUCUUUAAUGGGCACUUGGAUCAAGCAAAGCUCUCGCCCCACUACACUGAAGGAAAUCUUUCCAGAGCCUUAGCCAAAGAGUCUGGUUACACGAGUGAUUCAAACUUGGUGUUCCGCAAGCGUGAAGUACCACAAGCCAGCCCACUUAGCCCAGUCGAACAAAAGCAAGCCUAUAAGAGCGUACAAGCGGGCGGCGAACCACCGUUAUUCGGCUUCAGAAAGCCAGCACCAGAAAGACCUAAAGAAUAUUUCGAUUACACUCAAAUCUCGCCAACACUGACCAGAAUUCGUCUGAUCUCAGCGCCAACUAACGGCACCAGCGACAGUUUUAACGCUAAAGGCGAAACAAACCAAGUUACGACGACCCAACAAACGCCACCUCAUUUUACGUAUACAAAAGUUCACCACCAAGCAAAAAUGUUCACGCCAUCAUUCAUUCCGAUUGAUGGCAAGCGGAGCUCCAGAUCAGCUCCUUCCCCACCACAACCGCCGAAUCGUAAAUCAUCUUGCCAGAAAGUAUCUGCGAAGGCUGGCACACCUGCGCGCCCGCCAAAACCAGUGCCCGUUAUAUCGAAACGUCACGAACAAUGCUUUCAAAGCCCUGUUGAACCUGUGUUGGGCGUCAAUAAGUAUGCAACUAUAACGAUUCGAAAGAAUGGACGCACCAAUGGCACAAUUUGUCGUUCUAAAUCUGCUGGCGCCGUUUCCUCACUGCUGACAGCCACCAAGGUCCCAUCCGUUGAAGCCCCACAAAGAGCGCUUACCGUUUGUCGUGGCAACUCAAGUGUCGCAGAUAGUGUGAAGAUUCGGCGUAUGCAACAGCAUACACGUUUUCGCUCUAUCAGUCCAACGCGUUCGCAAAGCCGUAUCACAGCGCUGCGUCAAUCAAGUCGUAGUCCGGUUGCGUUUGGGCGCUCAAUCUCAAAAGAGCGCACAUUUGCUGAAGAAAAGAAGCGUUUGGAGAAUAGUCUGCCAUCAGGUUUUACAAAUUUUGAAGCCAGUACUAAUAUUUUACGUGAUCCAUCGCUCAAAUCGCCUCAAGAAGUGAAGCAGGCUGUGCGCUCGUACGCCACAUGCGUAGCACAUCUGCGUAGCAAAUCUCUGCCACGUUUUAGGGAGGAAGCCAAGCAGACCGAGAGUUCUACUGUGAGUAGCACUUUCCGGCAUUCUACGUGCUUUCCACAGACCAAAAUAUUCGACUGUGCCAAAGCGAUGCGCAAGACAUUAGCACGCUCAAAGAGUCCGCGCCCGAAAACUGUCUCAACUGUUAGUUUGACACGCACCGAUUCCACUUUCUCAGUAGACUCCACACCGUCUAAAAAUGUCAGUAAAACUAAGAUAGUAACCAGCAAAAAAGUAACAGAGUCAAAGUCUAAGCAGGAGAAUAAGGCAGCUAAAUCGAAAUUAGCAGCUCAACCCACUACCAAACGCAUUGAAACAUCUCCAAAAGGGAAUACAAGUCACAAAACGCAGAAAAUGCGCACUGUAUUAAAAUCACAACCAUCGCAGACUACUCACCAAUCACGUGGGGAAGUGCAUACAAUUCCACGCACUGGUUACCAAUCAAUCUCGCUACACAAAUCACGCAGUCUCAGUCCAAAACGGUACUAUCAGUUAGAAGAGUACAACGCAAGGUUAGACGAUUACGAUGAAGUUGAUCGCAGCUAUGUAGAUGAUUUGCUAUGGCAAUAUGAACAUGGCAUCCCUAGAGCAGGCACAUCUAAAGGUGUUCCGACUGAGAGAACUGUAAGGGACAUAGCGCGCCCCGAAUCUCCUACACCGAGUUUGAAAAAUAGAAAGUUUUCCCCCACACGUGAAAUACGCGUGCCACAGGAACCGAGAAGUUUGCAAGUCGCUCACAGCAAAACGGAGCCAACGAGGGUGGGAGCAAAUGGGGUUUGCUCCUCUAGUAGUGAGCGCUCCAGAAAAUUGUCACCUACACGUGAAGUGCGUGUUCACAAACUCCCACCCAGCCUGCAGCCCACACUACAGCGCUCAAAGUCUCCAAAAACUGUGCGCGAUAUAGCGCGCCCUGAGUCGCCAGCUAUUACUGAAAGUUUGAGGAAAUUCUCGCCUACACGCGAGAUACGUGUACCACAAGUGCCACAUAGUUUACCACCUGUGUUGCAAAAAUCCGCAUCAGCUCAAAGGACAAGGGAUGCUGGGCCGAUGCAACCUUCCUCUAGGAAAUUUUCUCCUACGCGUGAAGUGCGUAUACCACAGCAGGCCUCUCGCAGUGUGCGCUCACCUUCUAGACGUCGAAUAGACACCUAUCGUGCCAGCAUUGUCAAGGGAGAUAAGUUUGAGACUGGAAAGGUAAUAAGAGCUAGCAGUUUGAGCAGCGCCGACGAUCGCUCCAGGCGGGGGCUCUACCUUUGUGGCGAACUUGCGCAUAGUGCAACCUCGCUUGAAGACUGCGAACGCCAUAGUCCAACCUGUCGUUACCGUAAUAACUCCGAUCGCUUUACGGAUCUGAAUAAAUUCUAUAGCACGCUUGAGCGUGUGGGCCAAUUGGAGCGUGCAACCUCACUGUCUUCUUUCAAGCCGAUACGCAAGGAUGGUGAGCCGUUGGACUUUGAUGAAUGGCGUAGGAUACGUUGCCAUGAGCGCGCCGAAAAGGAAUUGAAUUAUCUGGUAGGUAAGUUAAAACAGGAUCAACGGACAAAGGAUUUUGUUUUUCGUCCAAAGGAUGUGGAAGAUGUAAAGUGGCGUAAAGAGACCGACUUUGGCUUACAUUCUAAGGACAAGUCGGUGGAGGACUUACGUUACGCUUUCGAACAGAAAAAUAUUUUCGCAGACUAUGGACAACAAUUGCGACAAGAAUGUGAUGGUACGCGUGAAUAUGUGCGCCCAUACUGGCGUCGCAACACUGUAGCAGAUUUGGCUUCCAGUUUGGAAGGCAAAAUCCAGCCAGAAAGUGUUGAAUCAACAGCAAUAGAAGAGCUUGCCAAAUGUCAGUUGAGCAGUCAUCUUGUAAGCACGCUCUCCAAAGAUCAGAUAUUGAGGAUUACGCAGCAGUUAAAUGAAAUCUAUGCGAACAAUGCACAUGUAUCCACUGAAGAUUAUGUGAUCACUGUUGAUGCAGAUUCCAAGCGAAGGGCGCCACCGAGUGCCCUCAAAGUCAGAUGCAAUUCGACGAUGUCAAAGGAGGAUCUUUUACAACCGACGCUAAGCAAAAAACAGGCAAAGGAGACAGCGCCAUCAAAGGGUCAAAGUAAAUGUAAAAUAGGAAAAGAAUUGACUACCGUGGAAGAUAAAUCCAAAGUUACACGCAGUAGCUCGCCAGUAUUUCUGGCACGCGAAACCCGUGGUGCAGUUGCCGCAAAGAAUGCUGAAGUAUUAUUACCCAAGCCGCCACCAAUACCAAAACAGCCUGAGGAUAAACACAAUUUAGGGCACGAAGGCGGUGCUAUCGCGAAAGUAGUUGAAAGCCGAAAAAUCAACACAGCAUACACUGAACCCGAGCCCACGUGCCAUGUACGCUACGAGCAUUGUAAUGGAAAUAUAAAGAUUAAGGAGCCUAAAGAAGUGGCACAUUCUCCCACUGCCAAAGAACCGAAAGAGCAAAUAACACAGAAGAUACAAUAUUUCGAAGAAAAGCAAUAUGAUGAGCCACCAAAGACAAUUUAUCAUGCACGCGAAGACUCAUCGCCUGAUGAAGCCGAAGUUAUGCGAGCCAUUGAGGAAAAUAUGAAAGCACGCACUCGAAAAUCAACGCUCACACACCAGCACAAAGAGCUCAGCACCUCGUUAACCGAUCUGAAAGAUAUUUUUGGUGAACGACAUACCGCACGCGUAAAUUUUCACAUGCAUUCACCACCCGAGCGCCCACCCGACGUCGGCAGCGCAUCACCUAUAAGUCCACCACGUGAUUGCAUGGAAGUAUCAGAUACCUGGUAUGAUUUGGGCGAUUUGACGCCAAAUAGCAGCAUUGAAAUGCUAGAUGCCCACUAUCGUUCGCGCAGCCUAUCACCCGAUUCGCAGGCCUCCUCUUCUUAUCUCUGUCGCGUACAUACUGGCGAUGUGCGAAAAAUGAAAGAACAUUUCGAAAAUUUCGGUGCACAUGAUGAUAGUCGGUGUCAUUUUUUUGGGGUUAGUACGCUGAGAAAGGUGCGCAGCGAUCCUGAAUUGAAGCAAUUCGAAACAGGUUCAAAAGACGCCUUAAAAACGGAGUUAGCGGCUGAGGAAUAUGGUGAUGUCUUCUCACUGGCACACAAAUUCGAACAACGUAGUCAGAGCAUGCGUGUGGGUGCGAGUGCGGGACGUGGACGUACACGUCGUCGUGUUAUUUCGCCGAUCAGUGUAAAAGAUCGUCUAAUGCCACACAUCGAUGUAAUAAGUAAAACAGCAGCACUACAAGACACCAAGAAAACUGGUCAGCAACCAAUAAAAACUAUGCCCGAGCGCAAUUUUGUUGUUGAGCGCAUACGGAGCCAAUAUGAGCGAAGCAUGUCGCCGCCAAAUAAGACACGCAACACUACGAGCAUCUUUAUAUCAAGCUCAAGCCCCAAUUUAACACAAGCGGCCGCAAUUUCACCACAUCUCUCUGCAGACUGGAUCGCACACAAAUAUCCCAGUCCCACACAGAAUGCCUAUAAAGGAAAUGGCAUUGGAAAAACUGAUAGCAAAGAGAAAACAUCAACACGCAUCGCAAAAGUACUUCGAAAAUUACCGCAACGUUCGAGUUCCGCUUCGCCGCCCAGGCUACAUAAGACGGUUCUACAUGGUCGUAAAACUACGCUGUGGAAAACUCAUCGUGGCGACUUCUUCGCGAAUCAAAAAUUCGAUCCGAAGAAGCAUCAGCCAAAGGCACGCUAUGUGCCAGAUGGAGCCGAAGCGAGUGAACGAAAACGAGCCUCUUCGCAUCCGCGCUGUGGAGGCAGUUGUGAAAUACUCAAAAGUGCAAUGGCGGUGUCAUUUCAAGAAUCUCCAAAUCGUUAUCUUGAAUCGGAUGUGAAUAUCCAUUUCAAGACACCAAUACGUCAUGAAUACAAACAGGCCAUGUCGGACGAGGAAUUAGCACAACGGCAAGCCGAACAAAUGCAAAAGCUUUAUCAGGAGGAGCGUCGUCGCAAGUACUUACAGGAGUUGCAAGAUAUGAAUGCGCGCCGUCACACCGACAAUUUUACACCUUCACAAAAAUCGCCAAUACCAUUAAAUCGGUAUGAUGACUUCCAAUCGGAUUUGGCACCCAAAUCGCCGAAUACGAUAACGACGCGAACGGCAGCGCGUGCGCUUUAUAACUUCCAAGGACAAAAUGCAAGAGAGCUAUCAUUCAAAAAAGGCGACGUGAUCUAUAUUCGCCGCCAGAUUGAUCGUAACUGGUACGAAGGCGAACACAAUGCCAUGAUUGGUCUACUACCCGUGAGUUACGUUGAGAUUGUAAGCAAGGAAACCACCCGUCAGCAACCAAAGAAACCCUCAGAGGGCCAAGCACGUGCAAAAUAUAACUUCCAGGCGCAAUCGGGCAUCGAAUUGUCGCUUAACAAAGGCGAGUUGGUCACGCUGACCCGACGCGUGGAUGAGAAUUGGUUCGAGGGUAAAAUUGCCAACAGAAAGGGUAUCUUCCCAGUGUCAUAUGUGGAGGUUCUCACCGAUAUCGGUGCUGAAGACAUUGCUGCCCGCACGGUUAUCAGCGAACAUGCGAGCGUCACGAAUUUACGUCCCUCACUCGACACUUUACGCACAAAUAUUAAUAACGAAUUCAAUUUAAUAACCAAAAAUGGUCAUCAACCACCAAAUGGCAUACUCAAGGAAACUAAACAUCACAACAAUAAAAUUGAUGCCCUGCACGUUGAUACGCAUUCAGAGCCUUUAGUAUAUCGCGCACUCUACAAAUACCGUCCACAGAAUUCCGACGAAAUGGAACUACUCGAGGGGGAUAUCGUGCACGUGCUGGAGAUAUGCGACGAUGGCUGGUUUGUGGGCACUUCUCAGCGCACCGGCUGCUUUGGUACCUUCCCCGGCAACUAUGUGGAGCGCCUGCUCUGAAAGAGUGCCCGAAAGCCGAUAUGCGUUGGCAAUGCGUUCUAUAAGCAUACACUCACACAACACAAUCACAACAAAAACAACAAGAACACUUUAGUUGAAUGAACAAAUUGAAAAGCAAUCAAAGAAAAAAUAAUAAUAAAACUACAAAAAAUAACAAAAAAACAAAAAAUCACCAGCAGCUGCAAUAUUAAAAGCCGCUUACAAUUAAUUAAAUUUAAUUUUUGUUGUUAUAUUUUAUUUACAGACUUGUGUAAUAAUUAAAGAAUUAAACAAAAAAAGUAAAUAUAUAUUUAUUUAUAUUCAUGUUGAAAAUAUAACUCAAUAUAUAUUACCUACAUAUAUAUAAUUAACCCCAAAGUUUAAAAAAUAUCUUUGUUUGCAAGAAGCAUCAAGUGGAGUGCUUGUGCGCAAGCAAAAGCAACAACAAGAAAACAUCAAAGAAUGAGCGAAAGCAAAUGCGGAUGCGCGCGAGCCUUCACAUAAUUUACUAAUAAAACUAGUCAAAGCUAUUUCCAAAAAAAAUUAAAUUAUUAAUUUAACAUUUUCACAAGCAAAAGAAGAUACGAUAUUUGUACACAAAUGGCAAUAAAUAAAAUUUUUUUAAAAUU